AUGGUAGCUCACCGUUGCGGAUUUACUUUGUACUAUGUCAGGGCCGAUAAAUUGGAAUUUGCUACACAUGACUGGGUCAACGACCAGGGCAAACACGUACGUCCGGAAGUACACGGCGGACUCGGUGCGCAGCGGCGUGCUACUGAACAUAAAAAAUGUACCCAAGGUCCCCAAACCUCCAGAGAGUCUUACAGCGACGCCCAGCUUAAAUGAAUCAAUGGCAUCUAGCAGCACUAUCCAUCGAAAGUGCCUUAAAGCCCGCACUAAACGCUCGAAGAAGACGUCAAAGACGGAAGCUUCUCACUCAAAAAAGGACACCCAAACUCCAGUCGAGGACUCGAAACGGAUGCGGGAGUUCUUCGAUGAGGUUCGUCAGCGUCAGCUCAAGUGCUACUAUCAUCAAAUGAAGAUGCCGCAGCCAUUUUUGAGGGAAUGUACCAGGAAUAGUCGCAUGUGCCUUAAAUGUGGUCUCCAAAAGCGCACCAAAAAGGAUCCCUCCCAAAAUGUUUACUGCACGGGAGCGGAAAGCAUGCGUCAAAGCCUGAGGGAAAGUGACAGGAAUAAGGACAUGGAUCCCACUUGGCUAUGGAGCUCCACUGCCGCAUACCCACACUUAUUAUUGAAGUGUGCGUACGACAGUGGUGGCUUCAAAGACAAGUGGUCCCUUCCCUUAUUUAUGUCACAGAAACUCAAAGAGAAGGAAAAUAGUAGAUGGUAUUUAUAAGCGGGCGAAAACUUUUCCUUAAACUAAUAAAAUUAAAACUAUUUUUGUAAAAAAAUGUA